UGUAUAAUUGAUGGUACACGCACACAGAAGCGUUCGAUCAUUUGCCCUAGAUCUCGGGGAUAUAAUUGUUGAAAAAUCCGUGGCACUUGUCUUCGCAGUAUAGACUAGAGGUGAAGGGUUUAGUAAGGAGUCUUUUUGAUUGUUUGUCUGCGCUGCUGCUUUCCUGCUUAAAACUUUAUCAGUGUCGGGCCUUAUCCAUGGCGUCUUCAUUUGUGUUUCUAUCAAAACCCUUAUUGCUUAACAAAACUAAUUCCCCUUCUCUCUCUCAGCAGAGGCUUGUAGGAUUGAGGAGAAAUUCUCUCAGAAUCAAUGCAAUUGCCAAAAAAUGGGAUCCCACGAAGGUUGUUCCUCAAUCUGAUAGGGUCCUUAUCCGUCUUGAAGAAUUACCUGAGAAAUCAACUGGCGGAGUUUUGUUGCCUAAAUCAGCUGUGAAAUUUGAGCGCUACCUAAUGGGGGAGGUACUAUCUGUUGGUACUGAGGUUGGGGAAGUGGAGGCUGGAAAGAAGGUUCUUUUCUCAGACAUAAAUGCUUAUGAGGUUGAUUUAGGAACAGAAACCAGGCAUUGCUUUUGCAAAGCUGGUGAUUUAUUGGCUGUGGUUGAGUGAAUUUCAGCAGUUGCACAUGAUUUCCAAAAGAGCAAUUUUCUGAGUUUUUGAGUAGGGCGUUGUUGUACGCUUAAAUAUAGUUACAAGGGAUUUUUUUCCUUGUGCAUUGAUGUCUCGAGUAAACUGUAAACUCUAUAAUUCAUAAGACUGGUGUCUCGAGUAAACUGUAGACUCAUUUCAUAAGAAUGUGUUAUAUAACUCUGUUAUAUUGAAUUCCUUCUUCCAUGCU